AUGGCACCGUCAAAAAAACAAGAUAAUAAUAAAGCUAAAAAGAUAGGAAAGGCAGACUGGAAAGAAGGCUUCAAAAAGAAGCAAGUUGGGGUGUCUGAUAUGACUAUGCUUAGCAAAGUCAACAAUGAGGCAAUAAAUGAAAAUUUGAAAAAACGAUUUGGGAAUGGAGAGAUAUAUACCUAUAUUGGACACGUUUUGAUCAGUGUCAACCCUUUCAAAGAUCUUGGAAUUUAUACAGAUGAAGUGUUACAUAGUUAUACAGGAAAAAAUAGACUAGAGAUGCCGCCGCACGUGUAUGCAGUAGCAGAGUCAGCAUAUUAUAAUAUGAAUAGCUAUAAAGAAAAUCAAUGUAUUAUUAUUAGUGGCGAAUCGGGAGCUGGGAAAACUGAGGCUGCAAAAAGAAUCAUGCAAUAUAUUGCUACUGUCAGUGGCGGGAGUGGCACAUCAUCAAUUCAAGAAAUCAAAAAUAUGGUACUCGCCACAAAUCCUCUGUUAGAAAGUUUCGGAUGUGCAAAGACACUUCGAAAUAACAAUUCUAGUCGUCACGGUAAAUAUUUGGAAAUUCAAUUCAAUUAUCAAGCGGAGCCGGUCGGUGCCAAGAUUACAAACUAUUUAUUGGAAAAGGGCCGUGUUGUCGGCCAGAUUGAAAAUGAGAGAAAUUUUCAUAUAUUUUAUCAAUUUACAAAAGCAAGACCCGCAGAAUAUGAAGAACAAUUUUACCUACAAGGGCCCGAAAGCUACUUAUACACAAGCAGAAGCGGAUGUUUGGAUGUUGAUGGUAUCGAUGACAUGCAAGACUUUUCGGACACUAUUAAUGCGAUGAAUGUGAUUGGCAUAUCGAAAGGAGAACAAGAUGAUAUAUUUCGAAUGCUUGCUAUUAUUCUAUGGUUGGGUAAUGUGCAGUUUGAAGAGGAUGAUAAUGGGAAUGCGUAUAUUAGUGACGAAGAUGUCACAAAUUUAAUAUCUGUAAUAAUGGAAGUUGAGCAUGAAAAUUUGAUGAAGGUUUUAACAAGUCGUGUUAUUGAGACACAACGUGGUGGUCGUCGAGGCUCAGUAAUUAAUGUACUACUAAAUCCAGUUCAGGCAUCGGCUGUACGAGACGCCCUUUCCAAGGCUAUAUAUAAUAAUCUGUUUGAAUGGAUCGUGGAACGUAUAAAUUCCGCAAUGCAAGAACGACAUGAGUCCUCAUAUCUUAUUGGUGUCCUCGAUAUAUACGGAUUUGAAAUCUUUGACGAGAACAGUUUCGAACAAUUGUGUAUCAAUUAUGUCAACGAAAAGUUGCAACAAAUCUUUAUCGAGUUAACCUUAAAAACAGAACAAGAAGAAUAUGUUCGGGAAAAGAUUAAAUGGACACCGAUUAAUUUCUUUAAUAACAAGGUUGUCUGUGAUCUGAUUGAAGAAAAACGGCCUCCGGGAAUUUUUGCCGCGUUGAAUGAUGCUUGCGCUACAGCACAUGCCGAUUCUGAAGCCGCUGAUAGUUCAUUUGUUCAACGUCUAGGUUCCUUAUCGUCUAAUCCUCAUUUCGAGACUCGUGGUAGCAAAUUCCUCGUGAAACAUUAUGCUGGUGAAGUAUUGUAUAAUAUAAGUGGGAUGACAGAUAAAAAUAAAGAUCAGCUCGUUAAAGAUAUGUUAGAAUUGGUUGCAUCAAGUAACAAUGAUUUUCUGCAGCAAUUGUUCCCACAUCAAGUUGAUCGUGACUCGAAGAAACGUCCACCUACUGCUAGUGAUAAAAUAAAGGCAUUUAUUGAUUUUUUAAACAUGCUCAUAGAUAAAUACAAUCCGUCUGAAUAUGAUGAGAAAAUGGUACUUCACCAAAUAAAAUAUUUAGGUCUCAAUGAGAAUAUCAGAGUUCGACGUGCAGGUUUUGCUUAUCGCCAGACGUUUGAAAAGUUUUUAGAAAGAUUUUAUCUAUUAUCUGGAAAGACGUCGUAUGCCGGUGAAUAUAUAUGGCAAGGCGAUCCAAAUUCGGGCACCGAAAGAAUCCUCAAAGACACUGGCAUAGACACUGAAGAAUGGCAAAUGGGCGUGACUAAAGUCUUCAUAAGGCAUCCCGAAACGAUUUGGGCUUUGGAACAUCUUCGUGAUCGUUAUUGGCACAAUAUGGCGAUGCGAAUUCAACGUGCAUAUCGCAACUACGUUCGCUACAAGCAUGAGUGCGCCAGGCGUAUCCAACGAUGCUGGAAGAAGAACAAGGAUCAAAUCGUGUAUGUCCAAUUACGUGACUAUGGACAUCAGGUUUUGGCUGGACGUAAAGAACGACGACGAUUCAGUUUGAUUAGUAUGCGCAAGUUUAUGGGUGAUUAUUUGGGGGUUGCAAGUCAAAGCGGAGAGGCGUUAAGAAAUGUUUGCAAUAUUGGAGUCAACGAAAUUGUCGCUUUCAGCAGCAAAAUUCAACUUUUAGUGUCACGUCUUGGUCGUUCCAGUAAACCAAGUCCUCGACAACUUGUAUUGACUGAAAAAAACAUAUACAUAGUAAUCUCGACUCUGGAAAAACAGCUACUCAAAAUGAACGUUGAAAGAAUGAUACCGUUGAACACUAUAACAGGUAUCGGUCUCUCUAAUCUGCGCGACGAUUGGGUAGUACUACACCUCAACAAUCCCACAAAAGAGCUUGGUGAUCCGAUAUUCUCGUGUUAUUUCAAGACGGAAUUUGUGGUGCAUCUUUUACAACGAACCGCGCAAGCGAGAAUCACGGUUAAGAUAGAAAAUCAGAUUGAGUUUACGAAAAAAUUAAAUAAGACGGCGCAAAUAAAGUUCGUCAAAGAUGAGACUAUUAAAAAGGACGAUGUUUAUAAGAGCCAUACAGUCUCGGUGCCGAGUGGUGAACCGCCAAAUACGGGCAAUCCUACAAAACCAAAAGCGCCUACCAUCAAUAGACCUCCAUCCAUUGUCGAAUCAGUCAAACCGGCUCGUAGUCCAUCGACUCGAAGUUCUGUUAAUAUUAAGUCACCCAACUCUCAAGUACAAUCUCCACCUGGAAGACUUCCGCCACCUCCACCCCCAAAAACCCCGCCACCCCCUCCAAAACCUGCUCACCCCACUUUUAAAGCUAUUUAUGACUUUAAUAGCACCGAUUCUGGGGAACUGUCAUUUGUUAAAGAUGAUAUUCUUCAGAUAGUUGAAAAAGAUGAUAAUGGAUGGUGGCUAGCGAAAAAAGACGGUAAACAAGGAUGGGUACCCAGUAAUUAUUUGGAAGAAAUCGUUGAACAGACUCCACCACCUCCUCCCACCCUACCGUCACGACGCCCACUUCCGCCAAUCACUCCAACAGAAGAUACACGUGCCACGUCACCAGAAAUCGUUGAUGACGACAAUGAUGACGAUAAUAAUACUCGUGAAGAACCAAAAUCUCUUAUUAAGGAGAAGAAAGGAAUUUCAGUAUUGCCAGGAUUAACACAAAGUUCCACUGCUGCUGGUGGUGGUGUACCCGCGUGGAAAUUAGAACUAGAAGCAAGAAAAUCUGCGAAGCAAUCUUCAGAAGAAAGCAGCAGUGCCAUUACUACAAUAGCAUCAGGCCGUAAAAUACCACCUCCUGUAAAAAACACAAAUGCUACACGAAAAGCUCCUGUUGUAGCACCAAAACCUACAAUUUUACCAAAAGUAUCAUCAGCAUCAUCAUCCAAUGAUGAAUCGUCGAGAUCUGUGCCGAUACAGAAAAGAAAUUCUUUAUCGCGUAGUACGGCUGCAGUCAAGAAAGACAAAAAAGGCACAACUUUAUUUCGAGAUAUUGCACCGUCAAAAAAACAAGAUAAUAAUAAAGCUAAAAAGAUAGGAAAGGCAGACUGGAAAGAAGGCUUCAAAAAGAAGCAAGUUGGGGUGUCUGAUAUGACUAUGCUUAGCAAAGUCAACAAUGAGGCAAUAAAUGAAAAUUUGAAAAAACGAUUUGGGAAUGGAGAGAUAUAUACCUAUAUUGGACACGUUUUGAUCAGUGUCAACCCUUUCAAAGAUCUUGGAAUUUAUACAGAUGAAGUGUUACAUAGUUAUACAGGAAAAAAUAGACUAGAGAUGCCGCCGCACGUGUAUGCAGUAGCAGAGUCAGCAUAUUAUAAUAUGAAUAGCUAUAAAGAAAAUCAAUGUAUUAUUAUUAGUGGCGAAUCGGGAGCUGGGAAAACUGAGGCUGCAAAAAGAAUCAUGCAAUAUAUUGCUACUGUCAGUGGCGGGAGUGGCACAUCAUCAAUUCAAGAAAUCAAAAAUAUGGUACUCGCCACAAAUCCUCUGUUAGAAAGUUUCGGAUGUGCAAAGACACUUCGAAAUAACAAUUCUAGUCGUCACGGUAAAUAUUUGGAAAUUCAAUUCAAUUAUCAAGCGGAGCCGGUCGGUGCCAAGAUUACAAACUAUUUAUUGGAAAAGGGCCGUGUUGUCGGCCAGAUUGAAAAUGAGAGAAAUUUUCAUAUAUUUUAUCAAUUUACAAAAGCAAGACCCGCAGAAUAUGAAGAACAAUUUUACCUACAAGGGCCCGAAAGCUACUUAUACACAAGCAGAAGCGGAUGUUUGGAUGUUGAUGGUAUCGAUGACAUGCAAGACUUUUCGGACACUAUUAAUGCGAUGAAUGUGAUUGGCAUAUCGAAAGGAGAACAAGAUGAUAUAUUUCGAAUGCUUGCUAUUAUUCUAUGGUUGGGUAAUGUGCAGUUUGAAGAGGAUGAUAAUGGGAAUGCGUAUAUUAGUGACGAAGAUGUCACAAAUUUAAUAUCUGUAAUAAUGGAAGUUGAGCAUGAAAAUUUGAUGAAGGUUUUAACAAGUCGUGUUAUUGAGACACAACGUGGUGGUCGUCGAGGCUCAGUAAUUAAUGUACUACUAAAUCCAGUUCAGGCAUCGGCUGUACGAGACGCCCUUUCCAAGGCUAUAUAUAAUAAUCUGUUUGAAUGGAUCGUGGAACGUAUAAAUUCCGCAAUGCAAGAACGACAUGAGUCCUCAUAUCUUAUUGGUGUCCUCGAUAUAUACGGAUUUGAAAUCUUUGACGAGAACAGUUUCGAACAAUUGUGUAUCAAUUAUGUCAACGAAAAGUUGCAACAAAUCUUUAUCGAGUUAACCUUAAAAACAGAACAAGAAGAAUAUGUUCGGGAAAAGAUUAAAUGGACACCGAUUAAUUUCUUUAAUAACAAGGUUGUCUGUGAUCUGAUUGAAGAAAAACGGCCUCCGGGAAUUUUUGCCGCGUUGAAUGAUGCUUGCGCUACAGCACAUGCCGAUUCUGAAGCCGCUGAUAGUUCAUUUGUUCAACGUCUAGGUUCCUUAUCGUCUAAUCCUCAUUUCGAGACUCGUGGUAGCAAAUUCCUCGUGAAACAUUAUGCUGGUGAAGUAUUGUAUAAUAUAAGUGGGAUGACAGAUAAAAAUAAAGAUCAGCUCGUUAAAGAUAUGUUAGAAUUGGUUGCAUCAAGUAACAAUGAUUUUCUGCAGCAAUUGUUCCCACAUCAAGUUGAUCGUGACUCGAAGAAACGUCCACCUACUGCUAGUGAUAAAAUAAAGGCAUUUAUUGAUUUUUUAAACAUGCUCAUAGAUAAAUACAAUCCGUCUGAAUAUGAUGAGAAAAUGGUACUUCACCAAAUAAAAUAUUUAGGUCUCAAUGAGAAUAUCAGAGUUCGACGUGCAGGUUUUGCUUAUCGCCAGACGUUUGAAAAGUUUUUAGAAAGAUUUUAUCUAUUAUCUGGAAAGACGUCGUAUGCCGGUGAAUAUAUAUGGCAAGGCGAUCCAAAUUCGGGCACCGAAAGAAUCCUCAAAGACACUGGCAUAGACACUGAAGAAUGGCAAAUGGGCGUGACUAAAGUCUUCAUAAGGCAUCCCGAAACGAUUUGGGCUUUGGAACAUCUUCGUGAUCGUUAUUGGCACAAUAUGGCGAUGCGAAUUCAACGUGCAUAUCGCAACUACGUUCGCUACAAGCAUGAGUGCGCCAGGCGUAUCCAACGAUGCUGGAAGAAGAACAAGGAUCAAAUCGUGUAUGUCCAAUUACGUGACUAUGGACAUCAGGUUUUGGCUGGACGUAAAGAACGACGACGAUUCAGUUUGAUUAGUAUGCGCAAGUUUAUGGGUGAUUAUUUGGGGGUUGCAAGUCAAAGCGGAGAGGCGUUAAGAAAUGUUUGCAAUAUUGGAGUCAACGAAAUUGUCGCUUUCAGCAGCAAAAUUCAACUUUUAGUGUCACGUCUUGGUCGUUCCAGUAAACCAAGUCCUCGACAACUUGUAUUGACUGAAAAAAACAUAUACAUAGUAAUCUCGACUCUGGAAAAACAGCUACUCAAAAUGAACGUUGAAAGAAUGAUACCGUUGAACACUAUAACAGGUAUCGGUCUCUCUAAUCUGCGCGACGAUUGGGUAGUACUACACCUCAACAAUCCCACAAAAGAGCUUGGUGAUCCGAUAUUCUCGUGUUAUUUCAAGACGGAAUUUGUGGUGCAUCUUUUACAACGAACCGCGCAAGCGAGAAUCACGGUUAAGAUAGAAAAUCAGAUUGAGUUUACGAAAAAAUUAAAUAAGACGGCGCAAAUAAAGUUCGUCAAAGAUGAGACUAUUAAAAAGGACGAUGUUUAUAAGAGCCAUACAGUCUCGGUGCCGAGUGGUGAACCGCCAAAUACGGGCAAUCCUACAAAACCAAAAGCGCCUACCAUCAAUAGACCUCCAUCCAUUGUCGAAUCAGUCAAACCGGCUCGUAGUCCAUCGACUCGAAGUUCUGUUAAUAUUAAGUCACCCAACUCUCAAGUACAAUCUCCACCUGGAAGACUUCCGCCACCUCCACCCCCAAAAACCCCGCCACCCCCUCCAAAACCUGCUCACCCCACUUUUAAAGCUAUUUAUGACUUUAAUAGCACCGAUUCUGGGGAACUGUCAUUUGUUAAAGAUGAUAUUCUUCAGAUAGUUGAAAAAGAUGAUAAUGGAUGGUGGCUAGCGAAAAAAGACGGUAAACAAGGAUGGGUACCCAGUAAUUAUUUGGAAGAAAUCGUUGAACAGACUCCACCACCUCCUCCCACCCUACCGUCACGACGCCCACUUCCGCCAAUCACUCCAACAGAAGAUACACGUGCCACGUCACCAGAAAUCGUUGAUGACGACAAUGAUGACGAUAAUAAUACUCGUGAAGAACCAAAAUCUCUUAUUAAGGAGAAGAAAGGAAUUUCAGUAUUGCCAGGAUUAACACAAAGUUCCACUGCUGCUGGUGGUGGUGUACCCGCGUGGAAAUUAGAACUAGAAGCAAGAAAAUCUGCGAAGCAAUCUUCAGAAGAAAGCAGCAGUGCCAUUACUACAAUAGCAUCAGGCCGUAAAAUACCACCUCCUGUAAAAAACACAAAUGCUACACGAAAAGCUCCUGUUGUAGCACCAAAACCUACAAUUUUACCAAAAGUAUCAUCAGCAUCAUCAUCCAAUGAUGAAUCGUCGAGAUCUGUGCCGAUACAGAAAAGAAAUUCUUUAUCGCGUAGUACGGCUGCAGUCAAUCUUGCCGAAGUGGUAAGAUAUUUUUUUACAUGCAAAUUAUUUGUUUUUUGA